GGUCAAACCACCUCCGAAACAGAGUACGAUAGAAUCAAUAGCGAUGUAGGCAGUGAUGUGGACUCUUCUUCCGGUGUAGAAGAAGAAGUAGCAGAACAAUCCUUGCAUCCGGUCAAUCAUGAGCCGGCCCCGGCUGUGAGUGAUCCGCGUACUCCACUUGGAAUCACAGUCAUUGAACAAGGCGCAGUACCCACACCAUCCCGUUCUCCAGUCAUCGUCAGUACCGUUGCUGGCGGUCCAAAUCGCAAUGCACGCACAGGUGUUUUUUUCCGUGNUUUCCGUGAUGCCUCAAACGUGUGGACUCGUGAUCCAAACUCAGGAGCCCCCAUCACACAGUCCCCAACGAAUUGGUCUCAUGGUUCUGAAGAUACUCGAAUCCCGGCUGAUAGAUCUCGAUCGAACGCGGUUGAACUGACAUCGAGCACUGUCGUGGGUCCUGCCGGCCGCAGUACGGCUGAAACUCCCGCUGAACCUGGUUUUGACGUUCAUCUUAGCACGGGACUCAAAUCGCAUGCUCGAGCAGAACUAUUGACUGAGAAAUAUUCCUACCCUCACCCGGCACGUGAAGGCGCAACCAAAGCGUGGACCCGUCUACCCUCCGGGGCGAAUGAUACAGUCACGUGCUAUAUUUGGGAAGGCGAUAAACCGGCCAAAUGCAAUUUGACCAUGUUGGAUAUCGGCUGGAAUGUGAUUCGAGCCGUGGAACGUCAAGGAGUUUCAUCAGAAUACAUCUUGGUCGGUUGUGUAUCCAGUAUUCUCCUACCACUGCUGUCUGUACUGUAUCACUGGAAUCGAUUCAAUCCCGGUAAUGUGUCCUCGACGGAAUCGGGCUCAACGGAAAGCAACCUGACUGCUCCCAACUCGUUUCCCCCCUCCGUUUUGCCGCUCGCAGAUCCUGUGGCAAAUGAAUCUGACCUGGCCGUUUGGCUUGGUGAUAUUCAUCUGGCUGAUAGUUUGAUCGCGAUGCAGUUGCAAGUACUGUUUCGUCUUGCCAUGAAAGUAUUGUAUUUCUUCGGGCAACCAUUCCGCUGGCUCCUGGUUCCCCUCGGUGUUCCGUACGUGCCGAGUGAACAAGUUUCACUGGGUACUGUUUUAUGGAAUGCUUUCACGGGUCAAUGGAUAAAACAGUGGCUCACAUCACCUGAUCUACCUGGUCGCAUGGUGAUUUUCUUGGGCGUUGUGCUUCGAUUUAAUGUGUUUAGCACGAUUUUUCUGUUGCUGUGCAUUGCGGAACGCACAUUUCAACAGCGCCUCCUCUAUGCCAAAUACUUCUUUUCUCUCACUUCUGGACGCCGCGCGAGAAAAUAUCGUGUACCGCAAUUCCGUCUGAACAAACUGCGUCAUAUCAAAUGUUGGUUGACGUUACGAUCUUAUCUGAAAAAACGGGGACCACAGCGCUCUGUCGAAAAUAUUAUUGUCGCCUCAUUCUACAUCGUGUUCGUGUUCGGUUUGGCAUUGGGAUCUCAGUUCAUCUCCAUGAAAGGUGAGCAAACAUUUUCACGCCUGAUCAACCUGGACAUGAUGGGACUCACUUUGGGGAUCGCAUUAUUUCAGCAUCGAUUCCUAAUUCUCGGGACGAAGAUCACCAAAAAAUAUCGGAAUUUGUCCAUAAUUAUCACUGAGCAAAUAAAUCUCUAUUUGAGCAUUGAAAAGAAACCAUACAAGAAGGACGAAUUUUUGUCCACUUUUCAAGUUCUUCGUCUAGUGGAGGGUCUUCUAAAAGAAGUGGAUGGCCNGCCCGUUCCGUAUUUGUGGUUGGACGGUCAAUCCUCUCGUGUAUAA